AUGGAACAACUCACCGCCUUCGUGUCCCAAUCUUUCGAUCGCCCCAGUCCCUCGGGUGGGGAAGGUGCGGAUGGCGGACCCAAGCGGGACCCGCUCAGCUUCCGCCAAGUUCUGGAGCCUGGCCUGGCGGACCGCAGCGACGACGGCGGCACCGGACGCUGCACGCUGCGGCUGUUCAAGGACCCGGCGGACGACGACGGACACAAGGACCGAAGCCGGGACCCUGGCGCGACCAGGGGCGCCCCCGAAGGCGCCCUGAAGGCCGAAGAGGAGGAGGAGGAGGAAGGCGGCGGGGGCGGGGCCCGGCUGAAGCCGCGGCGAAGCCGCACGAACUUCUCACUGGAGCAGCUGCAGGCGCUGGAGCGGCUGUUCGAAGAGACGCACUAUCCAGACGCGUUCAUGCGCGAGGAGCUCAGCCAGCGCUUGGGGCUCUCGGAGGCCCGCGUCCAGGUCUGGUUUCAGAACCGCAGAGCCAAGUGCCGGAAGCAGGAGAACCAGAUGCACAAAGGAGUGCUGCUGGGGCCUGCCAAUCACCUGGACGCUUGCCGCGUGGCUCCAUACGUCAACAUGGGCGCCCUGCGCAUGCCUUUCCAACAGGUGCAAGCCCAGCUGCAGCUGGAAGGCGUGGCCGCGCACGCGCACCUGCACCCGCACCUGGCGGCGGCGGCGGCGGCGGCGGCGGCGGCGCACGCGCCCUACCUCGUGUUCCCGCCGCCGCCGCCCGCGUUCGGGCUGCCCCUCGCCGCCUCGCUCGCCGACUCCGCGGCCGCCGCGAGCAGCACCAAGAGCUCCAGCAUCGCCGACCUGCGGCUCAAGGCGCGCAAGCACGCCGAGGCCCUCGGCCUCUGA